AUGGACACUUCAACGCACAAAUCGAAGCACAAUUUCUUGUUCCGGAAAGCCAACGCCGUCCGAAAGCAGAGGGCUUUCAAAGACCGUUCAGACCGACAGACGCCGGUGAACACUGUGGCCAAGAAGCAUGGGGAGUCGAUCGAAGAACUACUUGUCACACAGAAUCUUUUUGAUGAAGGCACUCUGCGACCGGGUUUUGGAAGAGAAAAAAGAUUUACGAGAUACAAGAAAGUUAAACAGGCAACUAUAGAUGUCAACAGAUCUUCGGAAAAGGUUGUCGAUCCUAUGAAAGAUGAAGGAGUGAUUCGUCAGGACUUUUCAGCUGAGAAGGUUUUCAGCAAGCAUGCCGAUAGCACGGUGGACAAUCCCGCAGUCAAUACCGACAAGCAGAAAACCGUAGACGUGGCAGAAACUAGAGAGGAAGCAUCAGCCCCUAUAAGUCCGGAUAGAAACAAGGUAGUAGGAGUUAAAGAAGAAAGGAGCGAGUCACACAAUGAGGAGGAACAAAGUGCGGGAAUUAGCCUUUUGACUGCGCCAGCGACGGGGUACUUCUGUGGGUGUGUCUAA